AUGCGAGUGAAGUCCAUGCGCUCGAUCAUCAACGUCUAUUUAUCGAAUUUAGCAGUGACUGACGCUGCCUAUCUGGUCCUAGCCAUGUCAACAGCAUGGGCUGCAGAAGAAACACACGUAGCUUCAGGCGUUUACCUGGCCGCACGCAUAGCUUCUACAACGAUGCAGAUUGCUUCGUACUGCUUCGUGACUGUCAUAGCGGUUGAAAGAUUCGCCGCCGUACGCCAACCGCUAACCCAGAGAGCGCGAGCGAGCAAGUCACGAGCAGCCAAGGUAUCAGCAGGCGUCUGGGUAGUGGCAGUUGUCAUGAGCGUUUUGGAAGGACUGGCAUUUGAUAAGAAUUAUGUCACGAAUGCGGUUUUCACUGAAGUAAUCAUUGUCAUCUUUCUACUGAUUUACCUGGCAACGUUUACCACAACUAUUUCCUCGUAUAUUUACAUCGUUAUUAAGUUAUGCCACACCGACCGAGAGCGUCAAGAAGGCCAAACCCGUCGAGCUUACCCCGUCGCCCGCAUGCUGGUCAUCAACACUGCUGUCUUCUUCGUUCUCAAUUCAUUGGACAUCGCUUACCUUGUCAUCGUCCUUAUACUCCUGUUCUCCAGGCACUCAUCCGUAGCAGAAGCUUUCGAUAUCUACUGGACCGGUCUUGACGUGCAGGUCUGCGUAGCUAUCUUUCGCCUCAUCAACAGCUCCAUCAAUACUCUGUUGUACAGCGUGACGAACAGUCAGUAUCGAGCGGCUUUCUUGGAGGCUUUUCCCCCGCUGGCAAAGCUCCUUCGACAGUGCCGCCGCUGCCGCCGACCGCAGCAGACGGAGCAGAUAGAACUUCGAGUGAAUCCACCAGCGAAGGCAGCUCAAGGAUCACCGGUCCAAGCGCACUGA